AUGAGUUCUAGUGGUUUUUCAUUUCCCCCUCCCCCUCCGCCGCCUCCCCAAACUGGUACACCUGGAUUCCCAGCGCCAACACCAUACGGCCAGAACCAGAGAGGUCGGGGUACAGGGGGCUAUCAGCGAGGCCGCGGGAGGGGCAGUGCGCAUAGGAGUGGCAGAGGCAGCCAUUCGGGGGGGCCUAGCCAUGGCCCUCCUCAUAGUAUGAAUUUCACUACUGGCGGCGGUAGCGGAUAUGGUGCUCACCCUCACCCUCACGCUUCGAAUAACCCUUCUCCUCAUUUUAGCCCCCAAGCGCCUCUGCAUUACCCUCCUCCGCAAGGUCAACCAAAUUACUCUGCUGUUGCUGCUUACACUCAUGCCCCUCCUUCACACCUACCGUCUCCGCACAAUGCAUAUCACCAACCGUUGCCUGCUCCUUACCCGGCCCGUCGUCCUACGACGCAUCCCCCUGGAUAUACCCAACCUCCCCCGGUUCCACGGCAUGGCCCGUCACCUAAUCACCAUCCACGAUCUCUUAUAAUAAGCCCUCCCAUGCGCUGGGGUUUUGAAAGUGCCAACCAAACCCCGUUCUACCCUCCUCCAGACCCAAGAACCCCAAACUACUCUUAUCCCGAUAUGCGUGACUCAAAAUCCCACUACUCACCACGCCAGUCCCAUGAGUGCCAUGGGCCCCGGCAAUCCCAGGAAUAUAAUUUAUUUCCCUCAACAAACCGGUUUAGCCGUGGUGACAAAUUUGUGAAUCGGGGCAGUAAGCGCCCGCACUCCAGUGCAUUUGGCACAUCGCAAGCGCUUAACUCAAAACCACCCGCUCCACUCCAGGUCCCAAGCUUUGGAAAUCCGCUUCCGUCAAAACCUCCACCCUCAGUGGACGCUACCAAGAAACAUAAAAAGAAGAAAAGAAAGUAUAAUCAACUUGGGCUCACUCCCAAAACUGAAGAGCAUGAAUCAAGCGAGGAGGAGGAUGACGUUGAUGAGGAGGCAAAACUUUCGCAAACUGUCGCCACAGGCGAACUUAAAUUUACUUACAAAGGACAAACAUCGUCAUUACAAUCGCCUAGCGAUAUUGCGGCCUGGAUCGAGGAGCGCAAAAAGAGAUACCCAACCAAGGCAAGGAUAGAGGAGCGUUUGAAGGAAGCAGAAAAGCAAAAGAAAGCCUCAAGGGAAGCUAAAGAUGCCAAACGGGCAAGAGAAAAUGCUCUGAGGCAGCAGAAAAGUGCGGAGCGGGAAGAAACAAGACGACUUCAAAAGGAAGCUAGAGCCAAGAAGGAGAAAGAUAAAUUGGAAAAGAAGGCUUUAAAGGAAGAACAACUGCCACUUGAUCCUGCAGAUGCUGCCGCUAAAGCAAAGUUGAAGGCAGAAAAGCUUCGACGGAAGCUCAUGAAGGAAGAGAAACGUGUCGCUAGAGCUGAAGCGGAUGCGGAGAAAGCGAGACUCUGGGCUGAAGCAUCGAAGGCGCAGCAGAUUAAUGGAGUUCAUGAAGGAGAGCCCAAAACCCAUACCGAACCUUCUUCCGUGAUGGAAUUUGCGCCUAUACCUGAAUACCCUGAUACUACAGCGCAAGAGUCCGAGCCUAUCAAAACAGGAAACAACCAUAUCGGUGAUCACAUGGAUAUCGAGAAGUCUCAGCAAGAAUCAUCAACAUUAACGCCUGAAAAGGAAAAUGAAAAUUACCCCCAGGCUACCAUCACAGACCCCGCUGUAACCAAUUUCACUAAUAUAGCCUCUGAAAAUGCCGACAUGACUGAGGGAUCCUCAGCCACAAACACGAAUACCCCUUUAGAUGCGAUAAGCGAUAAGAGCAUCCCAUCUAAUCCAGAAGUCAUCGACAAUGUGCCCUCCUUAUCAUCUUCCUCGGGCGAUGAAUACGAUUCUGACGAUGAAAGCUCCUCGAGCGAUUCAGAAUCAUCUGAUGAAGAUAGCGACUCUUCAUCCUUGGAGCCCGAGCAAGCAACUUCCCGUAGAGAGCAUCCUGAUCGCGUCCUUCCACUAACCCGGCAGCCAAAGAACCUCUGUCGUCAAUUUGCUAAAACAGGCGAUUGUCGACGAGGCAAUAAGUGUAAAUUCCUCCACGAAGUUUCAGAUAAAGCCAAAGUUGCAUCCAAACCUCCCGCUUCUAUCCACGAAAAGACGGGGAGGAAAACGUUGUUCCAGACGCUUGUAAGCCGCGAAAAAGAAGAGGAAGAUCGACGAGUAAUGCAGGCAAUAUGUUUGCUCGGGCAGCGUGGUAUUUUAGAUGAGCCGGUGACUGAGCCCUCGCAAAAAGCUAAAGAUGCGCCAACGACCGCCUAA